UCUACAACGACGCAGUUUCCGUCCGGAUCAAUAAAAAUGUGUCACAAGUGUUACCGCAAACGAAUUCCCAACGUUUAGGGAAAAACGGCCAACUUUAAGGUGGUUUAUGGACAACAUAAAAGUUAUGAAAAUAUUUAUUUUAUAGAACAACUAUUUUUCUAACUGUGUAGCUAAACAGCAUCGGUGUGUGUUGUCAUAUUUAGAGGCGAAGUACUCCGGACAUGAACAGCUCAUUUAACAGGUGAGAACAGACCUCGGUUUUUUGAGUUGUCCUGCUGGACCCGGUGUGCAGUUCUCAGUUAAAUAUGGCGGGCAGCAGUUGUGUGGACAUGGAUCCAGAUGUUGCUCUGAGAUUGUUUGAAGAAGGAGCCACCCUGGUCUUGCUGGGUGUUCCUCAGGGCACAGAACUGGGGAUAGACUGCAAGAGCUGGCAGGUGGGUCCUCGCUUUAGAGGAGUGAAGAUGAUACCUCCGGGUCUCCACUUCCUUCAUUUCUGCUCCGUUAACUCUCCAAGCUGUGGUGGGGAAAUUGGUCCUAAAUCAGGCCUCUUCCUCACUCUUAAACCCAGAGAGAUUCUGUUGGCCCACUGGGACCCCAAAGAAGAGGAUCUGGACUUCUCAGCCUCAAAGAAUGACGAGGAGGUGAACCGAAUCCGGAGCACAUUGCGAGAGCUGGAUCCCUACUUGGGUCCCUAUCCAUAUGAGGUGAUGAGAAAGUGGGUUUCCCUCACUGACCAGAUCAGCCAGGAGCUAGCUGUUAACCUGCAGCCUCUCUCAGGUCGAGUGUGUGCUUUCAGUGAUAUCAUCCCUGAGCUGCAGUUCAGACACACGAAAGACCGGGCAGAGCAGCCAAGGAAUGACACAGCCUGUCAAAGCAUGAGAGAGGGACUCGAUAGGCUCCCGAAGAUGAAGCAGAGGGAGGGCACAGAGUUACGCUUCUCAGAUAUUCCCAAGAAGAGCUACCCUCCUGGAGCUUCUCCUGCAGAGAUCACCCGAUGCAGCAUGGACCUGAGUUACUCCCUGGAGACUGUGGUGGAGCAGAACUACCCGGACCAACCCCUCAACUUGCUUGGUGAGCUGCAGUUUGCCUUUGUGUGUUUCCUGGUUGGAAACGUGUACGAGGGUUUCGAGCACUGGAAGUGUCUACUGGUUCUGCUGUGCCGCUCAGAGGAUGCCAUGAGGAAGCGGAAAGAGCUCUAUCUGAGCCUCAUCACUGUGCUCUACCACCAGCUUGGAGAAGUACCCCCGGACUUCUUCGUUGACAUUGUUUCGCAGAAUAACUUCCUCACCAGCACACUCCAGGACUUUUUUCAGUUUGCCACUGGACCUGGUGUGGACAACACUCUGCGAAAGAAAGCAGAGAAGUUCAAAGCCCACCUGACCAAGAAGUUUCGCUGGGAUUUCGAUGCAGACCUGGAUGACUGUGCUCCGGUGGUGGUGGAGAUACCUAAAGGUGUCACAGUGGACUGAAACAGCUCUGUCUCAAAAAUUCAUCAUAUCAUUAUUUUUUUAGUAUGAUGUGUGUGCUGUGCAACAUCUACAAAAAAUGUGACUACUUAAUGUAGAAAAGCAAACCUGUCUUUAAACCACCUGUAUUGCUAUAGGUAAAAGAAGAUGCUUUCUGAACAUGUUUGUUGUCAUCAGUACUUUGAGGUUUGUAAGUUAAAUACAGGAAUUCAAACAAAUGUUAGCAACUUUAGCUUUUAUAUUUUAUUAAUAUUAAAAAUAAAGAAGAAAAAGCA